UACGAAGCUGUGUUCCUUUGCAUCCACCCGAAAGGUCCCAAAAUGUCGCAAUCAGUGGCUGCUAAAUAUAUGAGAAAGUCGAAAGCAUUUGUAUAGAAGUGGAUACAGCGAUAUAUAGUGGCUAAAAAUGUCGAUGAUUUACCAGAACGUGGUUCGAUAGGAAAAGUGAACAAAAAAGAUGAAAAAAGGAUAGUGAAUCUGUUUGGAGGAAUCCUGCUUUAACAUUGCGGCAAGGUCAAGCAAAAUUAAUGGAAAAAUACGAAACUAUCCGAACCCUUCUUCAUACUCAUGAUCUGAAAUGGCGCAACACAAUGAAGAAGUUGACUGAAAAACUUGUGACAAAGCGACUCGCUUGGGCGCAUGAGAAUAUUGAUAAGAGAUUUUGAAAAUGUCAUUUUUACUGAUGAAUGUUCUAUAUGGGCACGUUCUGUCCUUACGCGAGCCUGGUCAACUUCCACCAAUAGGCUUGUUCAGCGGACCGUAAAACAUGGAAUAAAGGUGCAUCUUUAGGGCUGAUACUCAAAGCAGGGAUUCGGCACUUUGUACCUCUUUACUGACAACCUAAAUGCCGAGAAAAUGGUAGAAAUAUACAAAAAGGCUUUACUGCUAUCUGCCAAACGAUGGUUCAUCAGAAAAAAUAAACAUUUUAUUCUGCAGGAGGACAAUGAUCCUAAACACCACGGCAAGCUCUGUACUCAGUGGAAAACUCAAUCUGGCAUCGUUACAUUGGAUUGGCCGUCGCAGUCGCCCGUUGCAAAUUCUAUUGAAAAUGUUAAAGCAAGUGUCUUACGAAAUUCGUCGGAUCUGGAGAUCCUUGCCAUUAGAACACGACGUCAAAUUAGUAGAAAGCAUACCUCGGAGAUGACAGGCAAUUAUCGACGCCGGUGGUGACUGUACAUAUUAUUGACCAAAUUGCAUCAUUGUUUGUAAUGUGCAUAAUGUAUAUAUAAAUAUGAAAGUUUCAUAAAAUAAUUCUUUUUAUAAAUUAGCACGACCACGCUUUUACUUGACAGACUGCAUAUUAAAGAAAUAUCGUACUUUCCAGAUCAUAGUAUGCCCUUUAGUAAAAAAUGGGUAAAAUCAGGUCAAUAGUUCCCUUAUCCCUUAUAUACUCAAAUAAAAAAUUUUCGAACUUCAAAAACAAUAAUUAAAUUACCUUAAUGAAAUUUAAAUUACCUUAAUGAAAUUUAAAGAACGCCCUUAUGCCUAAAAUGGAUAAGAUCUAGUCACUACCACCCCUAGCGCCCAUAUACCUAGCAUAACAAUUUCAAACUUCCAAUUCUUGUAGAGAUUAUAUUGGAUUAUAUAUAUGAUUAAACUGGCUGAUAUAUGAGCUAUCUGCCUAAAAUUGGUAUCUUCAGUAUACUUGAGUAUUGUUAAACUUUAACUUAUUUUUCGCCUGCUUCCACGGGCGGGUAUUGCAUCGGAAACCUUCAAAGUUGGAAUGUUCUCUUCCGGCCGAAUAACAUGGCCUGGUCUGUUUGAUAUUAUAUUAAUAUUGUUACAAAAGUAGUAUUAAGUUGUAUUUGUAUUGCUAUAUGCAUCCCUUAUUAUGAACAAUAGCUGUAGGUAUAUGGAAUAGCGGCUGUCUGCUUGUCGAAACAAUAGACAUCUGGCGCCGCAGCCGUCUGCUUGUCUACUUAAACAAUUGCUGAGUCUGGCGCCACGGCUGUCUGCAUUUGGCGUCGUAUAGCAUUAUGUUCUUGUAAUUUCCAGACGCAUUCUAGAAGGACACGUCGGCAUCAGCGAGAAGUGCGUAGCUAUAUAAGCCGUGGCAGCGCCAACGUAAUCAAUCAGUGCUAAGAGUAAACUGUUAUGGUGUAGACGAGUUGUAAAAUAAAGAGUUGUUGAAUUGAAUUAAACAGUUUUUGGUUUUAUUCGUCAAUCCAGAGAUACGAACCUAGCAAAGUAAACUAGCAAGCAGUAAAAUCGUAACAAUAUAACCAAUUCCAUGUUCAGACCGACACUUAAUCCCACGAUUUCGGCUGUUGAGUGGUUUAUCCCACUAAUCUUAUAAAUUUUUCAAGAUUUCGCCAUACAAAAAUGACAGUUUUAAACCACUUCAUUGAAAUGAUUUGAAACUGAUCCACGCAAAAUCUCUCUGUGCGACUCUGACUACAAAGGGAAAAAAUGUAAACAAACAAAUUUUUUUUAAAGCAUCCAAUUUCACAUAAAAAUCGACUUAACAAAUGAAAAAAUGCAUCCACUAUUUCUAUUAUAUGGAAAAUAUUUGAAAAAAGACGGCUUUUAUUUCAAAAUACUAUAUGACAAUCUUUUCUUUUGAUGAAUAUUAAGCGAUGUGACUUCAUGAAUGACAAUAACAACUGCUUUUUGAUCUUUAUAACGGCAGUGAGAACACUGUUGGGUCAUGAAAUGCUUAAAUGUAAUCUAAUCUUUUAAAUUUUCGGUCUGAACAUGGUUAAUGCCCACGUACAGAUUUGGCUACGGCAAUGGCAAUAUAUUUGACAAUUAGUAUACCAUAAACUUUUGCGUAAAUAACGCAGCGGCAGGGCUGAGUGGAUGAAAACCAAGAAAUUAUAAUUUUUUUGAAACAUCUCUUGACGUGAGAUGUUUAAUGGAUGUAAUUGUUAUAAAUAAAUUAAUUCGUUUUGCGUUUCAUUUCUUUUGUACUAAUAUUAGAGAACAAGUGAGAAUUUGAGGUAAAGUGCCUCUUUUAUUUAUAUCAUUUAUAAAUCAAUAUUGACAAGUAGUUUGUGUCAUAAAGUUGAAAGCAAGUUCUUGAUCGUGUAAUUGCAACGUAAGUGUUUUUAGUUUUUUUUGACAUAUUUAAAAGUACUGUGAUCGCUUUGUAAUAUAUAUAUAUAAUGGCUGCAAUGCAUCUCUGACAUUUCGAAUUCAUAUAACGCGCGUUGGCUUUAUUUUAAAAGUUUAUAUUUUAAGCAUUUUUAACACAGGUUAAACAUAAAAAGUGCGUAAUAAUCAUGUCAAAUGUUGAUGUUCAUUGCGAUAAUGGUGCCGUACGAAUAAUAGUUCGUGAAAGACCAGUACGAGAUGCACAAGGAUUUGAAGAGGACUCUUCAAGUGUAAUUUCAUACCUAGAAGGCACUCGGAAUGUGCUUCUUGCGGACGGAAGACCAUUUACUUUUGAUAAGGUCCUAGGCCCAAAUGCUUCACAGGAACAGUUAUUCCUUGAUGUUAGUUUCUUAGUUGAAAAAGUAAAACAAGGUUAUAAUUGUACAGCUUUAGCUUAUGGGCAAACUGGUACUGGUAAAUCUUAUUCGAUGGGACUUAAUUCCAACGCUUGUGACGGAGAGUUUGUAGGAAUUAUCCCACGAUGUUUGAGGGAAAUACUAAACACAUCUCUGAAUAAUGCUUUAGAAAGCCAUUUAAGACCAAUCGAGCUAAACGCGUCAUUUAUAGAAAUAUAUAAUGAAAAGGUGUUUGACUUGCUAAGUGACAAAAGUACGGAUCCAAUCUCUUCUCGGGGAUACAAAUAUACGGGUGGUACUCGAAAGGUUCUCAAAUCUUUAGAAGAUUGCUAUAGUGUCCUACUCCAAGGUAACAAGAAUAGACAUGUGAGACCGACCAAAAUGAAUUCACAAAGUUCAAGAUCACAUGCAAUUUUUACAAUUCAUAUAAAUACUUUUUCUGGAAAUGGUGUUCUCAGUACCAGGUUAAAUUUAGUAGAUUUAGCUGGUUCAGAGGGUGUGCGCAGAACAGGUCAUCAAGGAAUGGCGAUGUCAGAAGGAGUCAACAUAAAUCAAGGUCUUUUAUCCAUUGGUAAAGUUUUACAGGCUAAAGCGCUUGGGCAUAAAGUGGUACCAUAUCGUGAUAGUGUAUUGACGUCAGUUUUACAAGAUUCGCUUAAUGAUAACUCAUAUUUAACACUUUUGGCUUGCAUUAGUCCUCAUCGUUCAGAUCUAUCUGAGACCUUAUCAACUCUUCGUUUCGCCCAAAGUGUGAAACAAUUGAAACACUCACCGCACAUAAAUUUUAUAGCAACAGAUAUAAAGAAAAAUCGCUUGAAAACUCCAAAGAAACCGCUCAUGACACCAGUACCUGCCAAGCCACCAUUUUCUAAAAAUACCAUUAACAUGGGAAUAAAGGUUUUAAAACCUAUUUAUCAUAGUAACACAUUUUGUACUCCGAGCAAGCUGAAAAGAUACGCUAAUGCCGAUAAACUGAACCGAUCGGAAAUUGGUUUAACACCCAAGCAAAAGAAAAAAGAGCAAACAGGUCUUUUUCAGUCUUGUGUCUCUGACCUUCCUAUGGUGCACUCCAAAUUGCUACAAACCAAUCGAGAAUCAACCAUUAUAAUGGAUAAAUCCCUCGAUUCUCGAGCUUCGAUUAUGAGUUUGAAUGUGUCAUCAUCAACAGUGGUAGGAAAUGAUGGGAUCGCAUCAAGUAAAGUCAUAAGCUACAGUCCCGUCGUGCGAAAGUGUAUGGUAGAAAUAGAAAACGUGAUGGAUAGCAAAAUGUCACAAUUAAUGGAAACUUUAAAAGAUAUAAAUAAGGAUAAUAUUCAACAUCGAUCUGAAAUCAUGGCCACUCCAUGGCCAAGUACGGGUGAUUCAGUUAGUGCAGGACCACUUCCACUUGCACUCCGUAAUGAAUUAAAGACUAUUAUACAAGAAGUAUUAAAAGAAAAUGUCAAAUCAAAUAUUAAAAUUUCGGACGACGCAAAUAGAUCCGAGUCAAUAUUAUUAGAUUCUUCUCUUUUAAGGAAUGAUCCUAAAUGUCAACUGUUUGCUACAAGUAGUCCAGUUUUCAAAGUCCCAUCUGCACCGAAUAAAGAAUUAAAUAGUUCUGCAAAUUCUUUUAAGACAAAGCAGAUGUCUCUGAAAGUAAUGGAAAUCGAUGAAGAAGCUAAACGUUAUAAAACUGCAAUAAGACGAUCUAGGCGGAUUUCUGCAGUAAGGGGGGAAGUGGUAUUACACAGUUCAUUUAAUGAUUUAAGAGGACAAGGUUGUAUUAAUGAAGCAUUACGACGUUCUAGUCGCAUUUCGAAAAUUGGGGCACAAACUGAAUUGCAGAGAGCAAACGAUUCUUCUAUGAUAACGCUAAGCUCAAUGCCACGAAAACAAAAUAUGUCUCAUAUUGAAAGACGGAAAGAAAAGGAUGGAAAUGGAAGAACCAAACAAGCCUCUAGAGCGCAUAAUAAUUCAAGUUCGCACAUCAACGAAAAAGUAAAGAAAUCGAAUAUUUUGAAACAUCGAGCGGCCGUAUUAAAUUUAUUAAAUUCUGGCUCUAUGAAAGAAUUGCAGGUACUGCCUCAGAUAGGCCAAAAAACGGCAUAUCAAUUGGUAACUCAGAGAACAUUGAACGGAAAAUUUAAAAAUAUAUCACAACUUGAAAAACUCACAAUAUGGCGUGGAAGCUCAUGGACACGUUUUGCGCAAGCUAAUUUGCUCAUUGAUUAAAACGGCUUCCGACAUUUUCUUCAUUUAAAGCAAUAUUUAUUUUUAUUUAACAUCUCAUAUUAUGUAGUAAUGCAAUUAAUUACGUUUUUAUUGUAAUAUUAUAUUCAUAAAAUAUUCAUAUUAAAUUAAAAAUAUUGUACAACAAAAA